AUGGCACUUGGAUUUGACGGUAUAUCUCCUGCAUUUGAAGUUUGUUGUUAUAGUGAUAGUUCUGGACGGGAACAUCAUCAAGGACCUUGGAAAAUAUAUUCUGUUUAUGAUAUCCUGGAUAUGGGAACUCGUCACCACACUGUGACAAAAGCAGAAGUUCCUGAUCAUAUCCUUUACAUUACUGGAACCUGUGUUCUUAUAAUUGGAUCUAUUGGAGUUAUAGGAAACCUUUUAGUUCUCUAUGCAUUUUACAGCAACAAGAAGCUGAGGACACCGCCAAACUACUUUAUAAUGAAUUUGGCUGUGAGUGACUUCCUGAUGUCUGCUUCACAGGCCCCCAUUUGCUUUAUCAACAGUUUGCACAAAGAGUGGAUACUUGGAGAAAUAGGUUGUGACCUGUAUGCUUUUUGCGGGGCGCUCUUUGGAAUAACCUCAAUGAUGACUUUAUUAGCUAUUUCCAUUGAUCGAUACCUUGUGAUCACUAAGCCUCUGCAAUCCAUGCGGUGGACUUCCAAGAAACACACAUCGCAGAUCAUUGUUAUUGUCUGGCUCUACUCGCUGGGAUGGAGCGUGGCUCCGCUUCUUGGGUGGAGUUCCUAUGUGCCAGAAGGGUUGAUGAUAUCUUGUACAUGGGACUAUGUAACCUAUUCCCCAGCAAACAGAAGUUACACCAUGAUGUUAUGUUGCUGUGUGUUUUUCAUUCCCCUGGUUAUAAUAUUCCAUUGCUAUUUAUUCAUGUUUCUGGCCAUAAGAAGUACUGGCAGGGAUGUUCAGAAGCUAGGGUCCUAUGGUCGUAAAUCCUACCUCUCGCAUUCCAUGAAGAAUGAAUGGAAGCUGGCAAAAAUUGCUUUUGUGGUCAUCGUUGUGUUUGUCUUGUCUUGGUCUCCAUAUGCUUGUGUCACCAUGAUUGCAUGGGCGGGCCAUGGCAACACUCUAACUCCAUAUUCUAAAUCUGUGCCAGCUGUUAUCGCCAAAGCUUCUGCAAUCUACAAUCCUAUCAUCUAUGCAAUAAUUCACCCAAGAUACAGGAAAACCAUUCGCAGCGCUGUUCCUUGCUUGCGAUUUUUCAUACGGAUAUCAAAGAGCGAUCUCUCAUCAGGUUCUAUAAAUGAAUCAUCAUUCAGGGCCUCUGUCUCCAGCCGUCGCUCUUUUGCCUCCAGGAACAAGAGUAGUUGUGUUUCAUCCGUUUCCACUGGAGAAGCAGCCUGGAGUGGCGUAGAGCUUGAACCAGUGGAGCCAGUUCAUAAGAAACUGCAGCCUUCCAGAAGUAACUCUUUUUCAUCAUGUCCGAGACAGGAGGAGAAGAGGGAACUGCUUCUGAAGGCCCACAGCUGCAAUGCAAUAACUGAAGAAAAGGUUUUGCUCUCCUCCAGCUACUUACAGAAGCUGCUUGGGAGGUCAGUCCUACAGAAUUUCCCUAAAGCACUUGUGACCAGUUCCUUAAAAGCAGCUUCUCUUCCUGUUGGCUUGAACAGCAUCAGCAAAGGAAGAGGCUCAGAUACCUCACAAAGGGAAACUCAAAUAAACAGAGGCCUGGACCCCAUCAUUAGUACUGCAGUCCCACGUAUCAUUGUCAUUCCUACUUCCGAGACCAACCUCGUUGAAGGACAAGAAGAACAUGAAAAUGGAGAGGAGGAAGAGACUGAUUUAUUCCACUUUCAUGGCAAGAAUAAUUUGUUGGACAUAGACGGGCUUAGCUCUUCCACAGAUUUCCUUGAAGCAUUUGAGAAGUUUCUGUCAUAA